CCAUUAAACACCGAAGAAGAGGAAUGGGCGGAAGUUUGGCUGUGCUGUGGAUAGAAGCAGGCGCAGCGACAGCUGUAAAGAGAUAAAAACUGUUGUUUUAAACUCGUCCCGUCGAGUCUUCCGAGUUCGAUCCCCUGGGACCAGCCUCACUCAGCACAGCGGCUCCCUCACCUGUGCAGAUGGCGGCUGUGAGCGGCGUCAACAAAAUGUACGGAGCGUGUUUCCAGGCUGCUCGUGUGGCGGCUGGACUGAGGGCGACGAGGCUGCUUCAACACAGAGCCCUGAGAGUCACUGCCGUGCACCAGCAGCAGCCCUUUGACUCAUCGCUGGAAAAGCCACAGUUCCCUGGAGCGUCUGCUGAGUUUGUGGAUCAGCUUGAGUUUAUCCAGCCCAAUGUCAUCUCUGGGAUCCCAGUGUACCGGGUGAUGGACAGGCAAGGAAAUAUCAUCAACCCCUCUCAAGACCCUCAGCUGUCCAAAGAGACAGUUUUGAACUUUUAUCAGAAGAUGACUCUGCUGAACACAAUGGACCGCAUUCUUUAUGAGUCUCAGAGACAGGGUCGGAUUUCGUUCUACAUGACCAACUAUGGUGAGGAGGGGACACAUAUUGGUAGUGCUGCUGCUCUUGACCCAAAUGAUCUGGUCUUUGGUCAAUACAGAGAAGCUGGAGUGUUGAUGUAUCGUGGUUUUCCUCUGGAUCUGUUCAUGGCUCAGUGCUAUGCCAAUGCUGAUGACCUCGGCAAGGGUCGGCAGAUGCCUGUCCACUAUGGCUCCAAAGACCUGAACUUUGUCACCAUCUCCUCUCCUCUGGCCACUCAGAUUCCUCAGGCUGCUGGAGCUGCAUAUGCAGCCAAGAGAGAAAACACCAACCGUGCUGUCAUCUGUUAUUUUGGAGAGGGAGCAGCCAGUGAAGGGGAUGCACACGCUGGCUUCAACUUCUCUGCCACCCUAGAGUGCCCAAUGAUAUUCUUCUGUCGUAACAAUGGCUACGCCAUCUCCACCCCCACCAACGAGCAGUACAGAGGGGAUGGCAUUGCUGCUCGUGGUCCAGGUUAUGGGAUGCUGUCUAUCCGUGUCGAUGGUAACGAUGUGUUUGCCGUGUACAACGCUACAAAGGAAGCUCGACGUAGAGCUGUGGCUGAGAACCAGCCUUUCCUAAUCGAAGCAAUGACAUACAGAAUUGGCCACCACAGCACCAGCGACGACAGCUCGGCUUACCGCUCAGUGGACGAGGUCAACUACUGGGACAAGCAGGACCACCCCAUCUCCAGGCUGAGACAUUACAUGACCACCCGUAGCUGGUGGAGUGAAGACGACGAGAAGAGCUGGAGGAAGCAGUCCCGUAAAAUGGUGAUGGAGGCGUUUGAGAAGGCUGAAAGGCGCUUGAAGCCCAAUCUCGAACUGCUGUUUACUGAUGUGUACCAGGAGAUGACGCCCAACCUGGACAAGCAGAAACAAUCCAUGUGGAGGCACGUGCAGCAGUACAAGGAGCACUACCCACUUGAGCUGUAUGAUAAAUAAAUACCCUGACAUGAAUAGGUUCCUAUGUGAUGGUUAAACUUUGCAGUGGUUCAGUAUUGAGACUGUUUCUGCUAUUCUUAAAGCUGUAGUUUUGAUAUGACGUGUCAUUUAUUUCUGCAGAUUGUACUUCAUACCUCUGGGUUUGGUGCCUUCAGUUAGUAGAUUUAUCGUUUUCUAUGAACACUAAAUCAUACUUUGGUUUCACAUCACGGUUCUGCUGCAGUAUGACUGCAUUAUGCAUAAAACAACACAAAUCAAGCAAUAAAUGGUGGAAGUUUAACUCUGUUCUCUCCUCCUGUAACUGUCUUCUCCUGUGUUCAUGGUGUUUAAGAGGUUUCCUUUUGUGAAGCUGAGGUGACUGAUUUUAAGAACCUAACGUGUUUUUAGCCCACACACAAAUGUCUGAUGGGUGUGUAUACUGUUAAAGACAACACUACAUCGCAGAACUAUAAACCCUUCUAUCUCCUGUUACAUGUUUAUGUUUUGUGGAAAUUAAACUAAAGAACUGGUGUAA